AUGUCAUAUAAAUAUCAAAUUGUUCCUGACCUUGCUGCUGCAGUUCAUGGUGUCACUGAAGAACUUCCGACUAUACCUGAUAGUCCAUCACCAAAAUUUAGUCGUAGUCGAUUAGCAUCAUCAAUAUCAUCAACAAGUUCAUCAAUUAAUUCUCAUAUACGUUUAUCACAUACAAAUUCUCGAACAUUAUCACAAGUAAAUCUACGAAAAGCAUUUACAUAUUUUGAUAAAAAUCGUGAUGGAAAAUUAAGCAUCAAAGAAUUUCAAUCUGUUAUGCAUAAUUUAGGUUAUAAAUCAGUUGAUAAACGUUUUAUAAGACAAAUGUUUGCUGAAGCUAAUGGUAAUGGUAAUCGACAUGUAUUAAGUUAUGAUGAAUUUGUUGAAUUUCUUCAAACAAAAUUAUCAUUAACAACAAAUGAUCAAUUAUCAUUAACAGAUGAUAGUAAUAAUACAUCAUCAUUACCUAAAAUGCAUUAUGAUAUUGAAACAUUAUUUAAUUGUUAUGAUUUGGAUAGAAAUGGCUUCAUUGAACCAAAAGAAUUACGAAAAGUUAUGAAACGUUUAACAGGAGAAAAAUUAUCGAAACGAGAUAUUGAAGAAAUGAUUAAUGUUGCCGAUAGGAAUGGUGAUGGACUCUUAGAUAAAACUGAAUUUGCACUUUUAUGUAGUGCUUUUUAA